GCCGGUAAGGAGGUCCAGCCGGCCCGCGCUCUGCCGGUUGCGACCGGUGGCGACGACGGCGGGAAGAAGAGCGGCGCUCGUUUAGCGGAGUCGAGCUAUGAGGACGAAGGCACCGCUCAGAAACGCAUCAAGCCUGAAGCGGGUGGACGAGAUUCUGCUGGACUCUGACUCUGACUCCGGUGGGGACGGUGCUGGUGCUCCCGCCCACAGCAGCGUUGAAGAAUACAUACCGGUACCGCCCCACAGUGACCCGCUGGGGCGCACGUACCACGACGGGCCACGCACCACGCUCAUCGUGUGUCCCCUCUCGGUGCUUCCAACUGGGAGGCACAGCUUGAGGAGUCCGUACACAGCCACGUGCACCUGCGCAUCCGCAGCUACCACGGCCCGGCGCGCGACGCGACCGGCCUGCAAGGACUGCGACCUGGUGCUUACCACGUACGGCACGCUAGCGCGCGAGCACGCCAAGCAGGGCAGCGCCCUCUUCCAGCAGCUCUUCCUGCGCGUCGUGCUGGACGAGGGCCACGUGAUUCGCAACGCGGGCUCCUGCGUGGCGCGCGCCGCGUGCGCCCUGCGCGCGCAGCGUCGCUGGGUGCUGAGCGGCACGCCCGUGCAGAACCGGCUGAGAGAUCUGUGGUCGCUGCUUUGCUUCCUGCGGCUGGAGCCGUUCAAGGAGCGCGCCUACUGGCAGACGGCUGUGGAGAAGCCCGUGCUGCGCGGCGACCCGGCCGGCGUGCAGCUGCUGCGCCAGCUGAUGGGCGAGGUGGCGCUGCGCCGGCUCAAGGACCAGCUGGUGGACGGCCAUCCGCUGGUGGAGCUGCCGGCGCGCCAAGUCUGUGUACAGGAGGUGACGCUAGGCGAUGAGCAGCGCCGUCGCUACGAUGCUAUGGAGGCGACGAGCCGGGCCGGCGUGGCGCGCCUCAUCAGACAGGGCACCGUGGUGCAAAGCCAGGUAUUCAUCCUGGUGCUGCUGCUGCGCUUGCGCCAGAUAUGCUGCCACCCGGCGCUGGUGCCCGACCGCGAGCUGAUCCUUCCCGACGAUGACCCUCCCCCGCCGGAUGGGCAGCCCAACCUCCAGAUGGGCGCGGAGGAGCGCGAGCGUCUGGUGCGGGCGCUGAUGGCCGUGCUGUCCUCCGGCUCGGAAGAGGAGUGUCCCGUCUGCUUCGAGCCGUUGCGCCGGGCAGUCAUCACUGCCUGCGCGCACGUGUUCUGCCGGCCGUGCAUGGACGCCCUGCUGGGGGCGGCGCCGGAGGCGGGCGCGCUCUGUCCGAUGUGUCGCGGUCCGCUGCGCGCCGACCAGCUGGUGGACGCGCCCGAGCCGCCGGUCAAACAGGAGUCGGCUGAGCCGCCGCCGAACGCCGACCAGGGCGACUUUGUGUCCAGCGCCAAGAUUGACGCGCUGAUGGCCGGUCUGCAAGCUAUGCGGAAGGAGGAUGCCCGCUGCAAGGCCGUGGUGGUUUCCCAGUUCACGUCGCUGCUGAACCUGUUGGAGACCCCGCUGCGCCGGGACGGCUUCGCCUUCCGCAGGCUCGACGGCACCAUGAGUCUGGCGCAGCGGCGCCGUAGCAUGGCUGAGUUCUCGGCGCAGGGCGACACGGCGCCCACCGUGUUUCUGCUGUCGCUGCGGGCCGGCGGCGAAGGCAUCAACCUGACCGCGGCCACGCGCGUCUUCCUGCUCGACCCGGCCUGGAACCCGGCCAGCGAGGAGCAGUGCUUUGACCGCUGUCACCGGCUGGGCCAGACGCGGCCCGUCACCAUCGUCAAGCUGGUGGUGCAUAACAGCGUCGAGGAGCGCAUGCUCGAGCUGCAGGAGAAGAAGCGGACUCUGAUGCGCGACGCAUUCGGCCUGGCCGUCCAGACGGCCAAACAGCGGCGCUUGCAGUUCGUCCGCGACGUGCGCACUCUCUUCAACCUGUAGAGAACGGACUGUGCCGCAUCCCACCGGGCUGGACGUGGAGCACCCUUGGUUGUGGCGCACUCCGCCGCUUUGGCGUGGACCACUGUUUGCUGCAUUCCGCUGAUUCGACGCGGGUGAUUGUGACGCUACUUCACCACCUCACCUCGACUAGAUGUGGGCGACUGCCUUGCCGCGGGCCACAAAUCCGGCCCGGACCGCCGUGCCGUGCUGAGCACCCAUCGGACGUGAUCCGCGAGAUGUCUGUUGUACCGAUUUUCUAUGUUUUAUCGUAUGCCACCGAUUAAACGAGGGUGGAACCUGUGCCUUAGGAGGCUGAAAAGACGUGGUCCAUUUGCACGGGAGAUACUGAUAAGCUUCAUUUUUGGUGUGAGAAGCGUUGACCUUCCGCGGCUUUAGCGUCGGGAUAGGUCAACGAUUCUGGGCAACGGCACUGGGCACGCCAUCGCCAGUGCUGGAGCCAGUGCUGGAGGUGAAAUGCCAGCGUCCAAGCCACAUAGCUGUUAGCUUGCUGGGUGCUGCGCUGAUCAAACAGGCACCCGAGCUUUCAAACACACCGUCCAGUCGUGAUGCGGGAACUUCCACGCAGCCAAGUCUGUGGUACUUUCGAUUUGUGAAGUGCUCGUGGGAAAUGUGCCCGAGCGUCAUGCGUCUAUCCAGUACGGUCGCAUUGUCGCCCACCUUGUCACCGCUUCACGUGUUGUGCGAAUGUCCCGUUGUAUCGCCGCUUGGUCUGUUACGGACACACUGGGGCAACUGAAUGUUGUACGGACGGCGCGACUGGCCGUGCCGUGGCAGCGCCGCAGGAGCUCCCCGUGUGCAGGUGGCACGUGCUGCUGCUGUGCUGAGAGUCGCGGGAGCUGGGCGCCGCUGAGAGAGGCGCCUCCCCUGUGCCGAGCUGCGCGCCGGGUGACGACAGGCCGCGGCCGCCGGUGUCGGCCACCGGCUACCUGGCCGUGGAGGUGAUUUGAUAGUCAUGUGCGACUGCCUGGCUCCCGAGAGCCGCCGGAGGACCACAUGCGUGGCUACACUAUUGUGUGACAUCAGCUUUGGGAUCUAUUGUCCGGUGUUUGUGUCUGCUCAAUCGCAUUACGCACGCAUGCCAGCCAAGAUGACGCUUAU